UCCUCCCCCCUCCUCCCCCCACCCCGGGGAGGGCCGCUACAAUUUGUGGUUACAGCUUUACACGUCAGAAAAAAAAAGUUUGCAGAAUGUCCCACACCGAAAAAAAAAAAAAAAUCCGAAACCGAGCGAAAAAAACCUGCGAGUGGGCCUGGCGGAUGGGAUUAUUAAAGCUUCGCCGGAGCCGCGGCUCGCCCUCCCACUCCGCCAGCCUCCGGGAGAGGAGCCGCGCCCGGCCCGCCCGGCCCCCAGCCCCAUGGACCUCCGAGCAGGCAGAUUACCGCAGAUCACCGGGUCUCAUUCAGGGGACUCGUGGGGGAUGCUCGCGUGCCUGUGCACCGUGCUCUGGCACCUCCCUGCAGUGCCAGCCCUCAACCGCACAGGGGACCCGGGGCCUGGCCCCUCCAUCCAGAAAACCUAUGACCUCACCCGCUACCUGGAGCACCAGCUCCGCAGCUUGGCUGGGACCUAUCUGAACUACCUGGGCCCCCCUUUCAACGAGCCUGACUUCAACCCACCACGGCUCGGGGCGGAGACUCUGCCCAGGGCCACUGUCAACCUGGACGUGUGGCGAAGCCUCAACGACAGACUGCGGCUGACCCAGAACUACGAGGCCUACAGCCACCUCCUGUGCUACCUGCGUGGCCUCAACCGCCAGGCCGCCACGGCUGAGCUGCGCCGCAGCCUGGCCCACUUCUGCACCAGCCUCCAGGGCCUGCUGGGCAGCAUCGCGGGUGUCAUGGCAGCUCUGGGCUACCCGCUGCCCCAGCCUCUGCCCGGGACUGAGCCCACCUGGACGCCUGGCCCUGCCCACAGUGACUUCCUCCAGAAGAUGGAUGACUUCUGGCUGCUGAAGGAACUGCAGACCUGGCUGUGGCGCUCGGCCAAGGACUUCAACCGGCUCAAGAAGAAGAUGCAGCCUCCGGCAGCCGCGGUCACCCUGCACCUGGAGGCCCAUGGCUUCUGAUCCCUGACCUUUACCACCGUCUCUUUCCCCUCCGCCUUCAAGCCCUGCUCCCACUCUGGGAGGGAGAAAGGCGUACACCAACACUUGUUGAGCCAGGAGACAGAAGCCAUGAGCCUCUAGCCCUCCCUGGACUGGGAGGAGGGUGUGAUGCAAUAAGGCCCAUCCCCUCCCCGCUGCCCUAAGUCCUACGGGUCUGGGGAAGAGGUGCAAUAGGCCCCAUCCCAUUUCCACAGGACGUGAUGCUCAAGGGAACCCACAAUGGUUCAAGUUGGUGCAAGGCUCUCACAGCUUCCUGCUCCCUGCCAACCACUUGCCAGUGCCCACCCAGCCCCUCAAGUGGCACUGCCAGGAAGCGUGCCUGUAGGGCAGGGAGGGGGCCACCAUCGCAUGUGCCUUUCUGGGGUGAAGCCCUUUGGCUGCCCUGCUCUCCUUAGAUGGGUGUUGCUCCCCUACCCCCAAAUAACUCAAUACAUCCCAUUCAGGAAACAAACACAGUGGCAAGUCCAAACAGGAAGAGAUGGGAUCAAAAAUGGAAGAGGUGGGAUCUGCAUUGGAGGUAAUACUGAAAGCAGAGGGGCAGGGACAGACUGGACCCAGGGGUCCCCAAGGCAGUCGGUGGCACAGGGUGGCAACCAAAAGGACAUUGCCUUGAAUUUUCUUGCCAGCCCCAGGGUGCCUCCAAUCCGCCCCCUUUCCCAGGGUAUCUGUGGGUUGCCCAGGCUGGGGAGGGCAGCCAUAGCCACAGCCACAGAACUUCCUGAAAGUUUACAUUGCAGUAGCAUUUCGGGGUGCGGGGGGGCAGCUCCCCCAGGCCCUGCCCCCCAGCCCCACCCACUCAUGACUCUAAGUUUGUUGUAUUAAUAUUUAUUUAUUUGGAGAUGUUAUUUAUUAGAUGAUAUUUAUUGCAGAAUUUCUAUUCUUGUAUUAACAAAUAAAAUGCUUGCCCCAGAA